GCAACAGUACUUGUUCGCUAACACAAACACACUGACACAGCCCCAAGAUCAUUAUUGACUGUGAUUGACAUGUCAGGACUCGAGUGUUUGCAUUUCGUUGAUGAGACAUUUACGGCCCUGCAUGGUGAUCGUGACCUCCCGCUGAGUAGGGUACACGUCACCUCAGAGCUAUCCCAGGGGGACCGGCCCCAAAUACCCCAGCCUGUGUCUCCAGCUCGGGCCACACUCGUCCAAACUGCCGCCAGGAGCCUGCGGUCUUCACUGGACUCGAGCUCAACCCAAAGCGGUCUCCGGUCUCCGCUUCACCAGAGGUUCACCAGCAAAGAGCUCCAAACAUCUCAAAGAGGUCUGGACAUGAGGCUUCUGGGACUGCUGGCUGUGGUCCUCCUGCUGGAGGUCUCCUGCUGUCAGAGCAACCGGCCGACCAGACCCGGGGGCAAGCCGGCCAAGAAGACCGCGGCCCAGGGAGCCAGCGUCCCCCGGCCCCCCCCGGCUGAGGGGGACCCCCCCGUAGCGCCUGGAGGAGGAGGGGCCGAGGGGCCAGUGGAGGCUGCCACCGAGGCCCAGCCGGGAGGUCCCGUGGUGGGGCAGCAGGCUGAGGCUAUGAGGCUGCAGUACCUCAGGAACCCCCAGGUCACGUGCAACGACGGCAGCGCCGCCGGCUUUUACUUGAAGGAAUUCCGAGGGAGCCGUAAAUGGCUGCUAUUUCUGGAAGGCGGUUGGUGCUGCUAUAACAAAGAGACCUGUGAUUCCCGCUACCAGAAUAUCCCGCGUCUCAUGAGCUCAUCGGCGUGGCCCCAGAGCAGGAGAGGAAGCGGCAUCUUGUCCACCAGAGCUGAGGAAAACCCCCACUGGUACAACGCCAAUAUUGUGUUCAUCCCCUACUGCUCCAGCGAUGUGUGGAGCGGUAUCGGACCCAUCCCGACCACACCCCGGGCGCGCCAGGGACCAGAGCGGGAGAAGGAGAGGAACACAACUGAAUACACCUUCAUGGGCUCCCUGAUCAUCCGUGAGGUCAUCAAAGACCUGAUCCCCAAGGGCAUCAAACAGGGCAAGGUCAUCAUGCUGGCCGGCACCAGCGCCGGAGGGACGGGCGUGCUGCUGAACAUCGACCGGGUGGCCGGUCAGCUGGAGGCGAUGGGGGCCGAGGCCCACGUGAGGGGCCUGGUCGACUCCGGCUGGUUCCUGGAGAGCCAACAGCAGCUGGCGCAGACCUGUCCCGAGACCAUCUCCUGCUCGCCUGAAGACGCCAUCAAGAAGGGGCUCAGGAUGUGGAACGGAGUGGUGCCUGAUCGCUGCCGGCAGUCCUACAAGAGAGGGGAGGAGUGGCAGUGCUUCUUCGGCCACAAGCUGUACGCCACCUUGACCUCCCCCCUGUUCGUGGUGCAGUGGCUGUUUGACGAGGAGCAGCUCAGGGUGGAGAACAUCGUCCUGGGGGGCAGCCUCUCAGAGGUCCAGUGGACCUACCUGCAGAACCUCGGGCGAGAGCUGAAGAACUCCCUGAGGGACGUCACGGCUGUGUUCGCUCCCUCCUGCCUCUCCCACACUUUGAUCACCAAAAGCAACUGGAUUAACUUCCAGGUGAAAGGCACGUCUCUUCCCCGCGCGCUGCAGUGCUGGGACCGGAGCUUCCAGGACGCCAACCGCAACCGCACCCCCCCCAGGGGCUGCCCCUUCCACCUGGUGGACACCUGCCUGCGGCCCCAGUGUAACCCCACCUGCCCCGCCCUGGUGCACCGGGCCACCCAGCAGGAGAUGACUCUGGUGCAGAUGCUGGUCGCCAUGGGCCUGGACAUCCAGAGGCUGGGCUUCGAGCCGCGCCGGGACCAGGCCGCCUCUCCGGCCGGCGCCAGCGCCAGCGCCAGCGCCAGCGGUGGCUAAAGCUAAAGCUAACAGUUGGGGCUACAGGAGGGGGAACGAAAGCUGCAGAGAUGAUCCCCGCACGUACGGCUGGACGGGGGCGUUAGUGGGAAUUAUAUCGUAACCAUAGUGAUAAUACGGGAUCCCAGUUCUGUUUGUUGUGCUCUCCCCUCUGUGUUACCGACAUCGUGACUGAUGGUGGGUUUGGUAAAAGGUCCGACCUGUUUGGUGACCGAUGACCUCUACUGGCUCGGCAGGACAUUGCUUUGGUUCUGAAGGCAGAGGGGCAGUCUUGCCUGUUCCUUGCUGGAAUAGAGUUCACGCAGGUUUAGCUUUGAAGCACGACCGCAGCCUGAUCGAGUCUUUCGGCCGUAGCUAGUUUAGUAAAACACCAUGAAAACGACUUAGUUGUCAUGACAAAAAACUGUUGUCAUGACAAAAAACAUAAGUGUGGAAUCGAUUGAUCAACUUAAAACUCAAAUCGAACUAUCCCCUGAUUUAAAAGAAUGCACACUUUGACAUGUCUCAAAGUAAUAUGUAAUUUCAUUUCACGUGGAUGAAUAUGUUUGAAAUUGUAAUUGCCAAUGCUACUAUCGCCUACAGAAAGGUUUGUGCAGGGAUGGUCAGAUUUGACCAUUAUGCACCUCAGUAUUCGGUUUCGGUGUGCCCACUGGGCUUGGGUUAAAUAGUUAGUUAUUCGUGCUUAGCAGUGUUUAUAUUUGCUUUGAAGUAAUGGAUCUAUAAGCAAUCAUUUUAUAGCCUAAUGAGGUAGACAUUGAACAUCUAUGAUAGUGAUUUCUUUAUUUUAACCAAGUUAAUGCUGUGAAGUUUUUGAGAAUGUUCAGCCAUCUUUGUUUCUUUUUUAGAAUUUAGAGUUUGAAGUUAGGAUUUCAAUUCAAACAUCAUCUACCAAAUUGUAAGCAUUGUUUAACAAGUUGAAACGGGAAAUGUAUUUUUCAAUCAUCCUCACAUUGUGAAAUCUAUAGGCUUGGUUUAAAUUGUCUUAUUUGACUUAUAUUGCAAAAAGCGCAUUGCAGGCCAAACUGAUGUCUAAUAAAAAAUGUAUAAAGAUA